GAUUGUUCAAUUCUUGCGCCGCCGGGCACUACACGGUACCUGGCGAAGCUUCCCUUCUAGUCUCGAAGCCGGCGUCGGACUGCUCUGCGCGACAUCCGCACGCAGCGGAAGCGCGAAUCCAGACCCCACAGCCCCUCCCUUGCGCGGUGACUCUCGUUGCUCUUUGCCCAACAAGACUGAACGUAUAUCCCCACAGCGGCCGUCCGUGCUGCCAGGAGUAAGCUGCGAGGUCGGAGUCUUGCAAGCACUUGCAAUUGAGGUGAGCAGGCCUGUCUCACUGGAAACGCGUUCUCUACUGCGCGCUUCAUGGACAUCCUUACCGCUGGAAGCGUGUUCUCGACCGCGCGCUUCAUGACACAGCUAUUCUAUCACUCGUGCCCACAUGAUGCCCGCUCAACCCGGCUGAUUGGUUGGCUCAGUUCCCCGCAAAAUCACUAGCGGAUGCUUAUAUACCUCUCAUCUCAGCCCUGUUGAGGCACAGACGACAUGGCCAUCCUCGAAGUACUCGCACAACUCAACCUCACAUCGUGGCUGGUUCUCAUCCCUGCUCUUGCCAUAGCGGCGCACGUCGUUCACUGGCUCCUCGACCCGCACGGCAUACGCUCCUAUCCAGGCCCUUUACUCGCCAGGUUCUCCGACGCUUGGUUAGGCUACGUCGCCGCCCAAGGACAUCGCUCCGAGGUCGUGCACGACCUGCACAAGAAGCACGGCACUUUCGUUCGACUUGCGCCCAACCAUGUGUCGAUCUCGGACCCCGACGCACUGCAAGUUGUAUACGGUCACGGCACGGGCACGCUCAAGUCCGACUUCUACGAUGCGUUCGUCUCGAUACAGCGAGGUCUCUUCAACACGCGUUCCCGCCCCGAGCACGCCCGCAAGCGCAAGAUUGUCUCGCACAUCUUCUCGCAGAAGAGCGUCCUCGAGUUCGAACCCCAUGUGCGCCUAUACGUCAACCAGCUGAUCCGGCAGUGGGACCGGCUCUACGAGGCAGGCGCGAAGGGCCUGUCUGGCGAUGACGGCGAGAGUGGCUGGACGGGACGUAACGGCAGAGUCUGGCUUGACUGCCUGCCUUGGUACAACUAUCUUGCGUUCGACAUCAUCGGCGACUUGGCAUUCGGUGCGCCAUUCGGAAUGCUUCUUGCUGCCCGAGAUGCUGCGCCCGUAGCCGUCAACCACGAACAGGCGAUGGCCUCAUACGGCAAAGAGAAGUCCGAGGUGCAGUACAUUCCCGCGGUGCAGGUCAUCAAUGACCGUGGGAUGUACUCGGCAUCGCUCGGUGUGCUCGCGCCCUGGAUGCGUCCGAUCGUGAAGCUCUUCCCGUGGUUCCGCCAGGGCCAGCAGGCCGUCAAGCUGCUCGCGGGCAUCGCUGUUGCUGCCGUCUCUCAGAGGCUCACGACGCCGACGGACCGGGUCGACCUACUCGGCAAGCUGCAGGGAGGCAGGGACGACGACGGGAACCUGAUGGGCAAGGAGGAACUCACCGCGGAGGCUCUCACGCAGCUCAUCGCCGGCUCGGACACUACAUCCAACUCAUCCUGCGCGAUUACCUACUACCUCGCCAAGUACCCUGAUGUGCAGCGCAAGCUGCAGCAGGAGCUCGACGAGGUUCUGGGCUAUGACGAUGAGCCCGUCUCUACCUAUGACCAAGUCAAGAAACUUACAUACCUGCCGGCCGUCAUCGAUGAGGCUCUUCGCGUCCAUUCCACGUCUGGUGUCGGCCUUCCCAGAGUGGUUCCCGAGGGUGGCAUGACCGUGUGUGGCCGAACCUUCCCGGAGGGCACAAUCCUCAGUGUGCCAACAUACACCAUUCACCGCGACGAGGAGGUUUGGGGCAAGGACGUUGAGGUGUUUAGACCCGAGCGCUGGUUCAGCCAGGACAAGAACGAGGUCCAGAAGACGUUCAACCCGUUCUCAUUCGGUCCAAGGAGCUGUGUUGGCCGCAACCUCGCUAGCAUGGAAUUGCUGAUUAUCAUCUCGUCUAUUUUGCGCCGAUACGACUUUGUGCUCGAAGAGCCCGAUAAGCCUUUCGAUACCAUGGAAGGCUUUUUGAGGAAGCCAGUGGAGUGCCUCGUUGGUAUCAAGAGGAGGAGCCUCUGAGUAAGGGUCCCGUCAAUUGCCACGAUCGACUGCCGUUCAUGACGCAGUCUGUACCCAUUACCUGCCAUGCUUUCAAUUGUAGUCUAGCGAUGUACCCGUAAUGACACACUCGUACUCAC